UAAGAAAUCUGUUCUCUCUCUCUCUCUGACUUUUGAAAUUCUUCAAGCUAUCAAGGAUGUCACAUUUCGAAGGUAGAGAUGAGCUGAUACUCGAGUCUGUUUCAUUGAUUGAUCGCCACCGUUCUCUGAAUAGUUCGAGUGAGAAUUCUACGAGAGAGAAUGACGCGGACGAAGUCGAAUUACAAUGGGCGGCGAUCGAGAGAUUGCCCACCUUCGAACGGUUGAGAUUUUCUCUGUCCAACAAUCAACGAACGAGAAUGGUCGAUGUUACGAAGCUUGGGGCACUUGAAAGGCAUGAGUUGAUAGAGAAGCUUAUCAAGCACAUAGAGAACGAUAAUCGCCAGUUAUUGCAGAAACUGAAAGAAAGAAUAGAUAGAGUUAAUGUGAGAGUGCCUACUGUGGAGGUGAGAUGCAAGAACCUAUGUGUGGAAGCAGAGUGUGAAGUUGUUGAAGGGAAGCCCCUCCCUACUCUAUGGAACUCUGCCAAGAGCACCUUCUCUGUUUUUGGAAGGCUCUCAUGUACAAAGUCUCAAGAAGCCAAGAUAAGCAUCAUCAAGGAUGUCAGUGGCAUUAUCAAGCCGUCAAGGAUGAUUCUAUUGCUUGGCACACCAGGGUGUGGGAAAACCACAUUAUUAUUGGCACUUGCCGGGAAACUGAACCAGUCUCUCAAGGCCACAGGAGAAAUCACGUACAACGAUUAUGAACUUGGCGAAUUUGUUCCACAGAAAACAUCAGCUUACAUAAGCCAACAUGAUCUCCACAUUCCUGAGAUGACUGUGAGGGAAACGCUCGACUUCUCGGCACGUUGUCAGGGUGUUGGAAGCAGAGCAGAAAUUAUGAUGGAUGUCAUUAGACGAGAGAAGCAAGAAGCAAUUGUCCCUGAACCAGACAUUGACACAUACAUGAAGGCCACUUCUAUAGAAGGAUUGGAAAAAACCCUUCAAACAGACUACAUUUUGAAGAUCCUUGGAUUGGAUAUCUGCGCCGACACAAUGGUUGGUGAUGCCAUGAGAAGAGGCAUUUCGGGUGGUCAGAAGAAAAGACUCACUACUGGUGAGAUGAUUGUCGGACCAAUGAGGGCUCUUUUCAUGGAUGGAAUAUCGAAUGGCUUGGAUAGUUCCACUACCUUUCAGAUCAUUUCCUGUCUUCAGCAACUUGUGCAUAUAACAGAAGCAACUGCACUGAUUUCACUUCUUCAGCCUGCACCUGAGACAUAUGAUCUGUUCGAUGAUAUCAUCUUGAUUGCAGAUGGAAAGAUCGUAUACCAUGGUCCCCGAAGUGAUGUUCUUAAGUAUUUUGAAGAUUGCGGGUUCCGGUGCCCAGAGAGAAAAGGGGUAGCUGACUUUCUUCAGGAGGUUAUAUCCAAGAAGGAUCAAGCACAGUACUGGUACCAUAUUGACAAACCUUAUGGUUUCAUUUCUGUCGAUCAAUUCUCUGAGAAAUUCAGGGAAUCUUGUAUCGGACAGAAGCUAGAUGAGGAGCUUUCGAAGCCAUAUGAUAUGACCCAGUAUCACAAAAGCGCUUUGUCCUUCAGCGUCUAUUCACUGCCUAAAUGGGAACUAUUUAAAGCUUGCAUGACGAGAGAACUGCUACUCAUGAAGCGGAACGCAUUUGUUUACAUAUUCAACUCAACUCGGCUUCUGAUCAUUGCAUUAGUCACAAUGACGGUUUUCCUGCGUACCCAGAUGCACAUAGAUCUGGUCCAUGCGAAUUACAGAAUGGGUUCUCUGUUUUACGCACUUAUGAUACUUAUGCUUGAUGGAAUCCCAGAGCUGUCCAUGACAGUUUCCAGACUCGCUGUCUUCUACAAACAAAGAGACUUUUACUUCUAUCCGGCCUGGGCAUAUGCUAUCCCAGCUUCUAUUCUAAAGAUUCCAGUUUCAUUGGUGCAAUCCUUGGUUUGGACAGUUCUUACUUACUAUGUUAUUGGGUACAGUCCUGAGGCCGGAAGGUUUUUCUGCCAUUUCCUUCUACUUUUCGCUCUGCAUCAAAUGUCAAUGUCCAUGUUCCGCUUUACUGCAUCUAUUUUCCAAACUAUGUCCGCUGCUUUGAUGGGUGGAAAUUUAUUCUUGUUAUUUUUCCUAUUAUUCGGAGGCUACAUUCUUCCACGAUCCUCUAUACCGAGUUGGUUGCAUUGGGGAUUCUGGCUUUCUCCAUUGACGUACGGUGAGAUAGGCAUGUCCGUAAAUGAGUUCCUUGCCCCUAGAUGGCAAAAGGAUUCAUUUGCAAACACAACUAUAGGGAAUCAAGUAUUGAUAAGCCGUGGACUGAACUUUGGGGGCUACUUUUAUUGGAUAUCACUUGGCGCGUUGGUUGGAUUUAGCAUACUUUUCAACAUUGGAUUUACCUUGGCCUUGACUUUCUUACAAUCUCCUGGGAUAUCUCGUGCAAUUAUUUCUCAUGAAAAGCUCUCUCAACUACAUGAAAGAGAAGACCAUAGGAGCAGUACCCAUUUAGGAAGAAGUUCCACUUCUUCUCUUCCUCCAGAAACUGUUAAAGCGCCAAAAAGAGUUGGGAGGAUGGUCUUACCCUUUGUGCCCCUAACGAUGGCAUUUCAAGAUGUCUGGUAUUGUAUUGAUACGCCUCUGGAAAUGAGAGAACGAGGCUUUCCGCACAGGAAACUCCGGCUUCUUCAUGAUAUUACGGGUGCAUUCAGGCCUGGUGUUCUUACAGCACUAAUGGGUGUUAGUGGAGCAGGGAAAACAACUCUGAUGGAUGUUCUUUCUGGAAGAAAAACAGCUGGUACGAUCAAAGGGGACAUAAGAAUUGGAGGGUAUCCUAAAGUCCAAGAAACAUUUGCUAGGAUAUCAGGUUAUUGUGAGCAGACAGACAUACACUCCCCACAAAUCACCAUCAAAGAAUCGGUGAUUUACUCAGCUUGGCUGCGACUACCAUGUCAGAUCGACUCAAGCACUAAAGCUGAGUUUGUUGCUCAAGUCCUUGAAAUGAUUGAGCUUGAUGGAAUAAAAGAUAACUUAGUAGGAAUUCCUGGAGUAAGCGGUCUAUCCACCGAGCAGCGUAAACGGCUGACGAUCGCAGUGGAGCUUGUUUCAAACCCAUCUAUUAUAUUCAUGGAUGAACCCACAUCAGGUCUAGAUGCAAGAGCAGCAGCAAUAGUCAUGCGUGCGGUGAAGAACAUCGGUGAUACAGGGAGGACAGUGGUUUGCACCAUUCACCAGCCUAGUAUAGAUAUAUUUGAGUCAUUUGAUGAGUUGAUUCUAAUGAAAAGGGGAGGGGAAAUAACCUAUGCCGGACCAUUGGGUCCGCAUUCAAGUACAGUUAUUGAAUAUUUUGAGGGAAUUUCUGGUGUACGAAAAAUCAAAGACAAUUACAACCCGGCAACAUGGAUGUUAGAAGUUACCGCUACAGCCAUAGAAACACAACUUGGUGUAGAUUUUGCUCAUAUUUAUAGAGCAUCAUCUCUGUAUAAAGACAACAAAGAGCUGGUUAUGCAGUUGAGUUCACCACCUUCAGGUUCAACAGAUUUGCAUUUUCCUACUCGUUAUUCGGAGAACAGUUGGGGACAGUUCAAAGCUUGCCUAUGGAAACAAAGCUUGUCUUAUUGGAGAAGUCCUGCAUACAACCUAAUACGCUUAAUGUUCACAAUCAGCGCAUCUACAUUGUUCGGACUGCUGUUUUGGCAGCAUGGGAAGAAAAUAGAUGACCAGCAGGACUUACUCAACAUGCUUGGAGCAAUGUUCUCUGCCAUGUUCUUCGUCGGGUUAAGCAACUGCUCGUUAGUUCUACCAUUCAUUGGCACCGAGCGAACAGUUUUAUACCGAGAAAGGUUUGCCGGGAUGUACUCUUCAUGGGCCUAUUCAUUUGCGCAGGUGGCCAUUGAAAUUCCUUACGUGUUCGUCCAAGCACUUGUGUUGGUGUCCAUCACCUACCCGGCGAUUGGGUACUAUUGGUCAGCUUCUAAGAUCCUUUGGUACUUCUACGCCAUCUUCUGCACGCUUCUCUACUUCAGCUACCUCGGAAUGUUGAUUAUGGCACUGAGCCCGAACGUUCAGGUGGCUUCCAUAUUGGCGUCUUCCGGCUACACCAUGCUGAAUCUGUUCUCGGGCUUUCUGAUACCCGGACCGCAAUUUCCAAAGUGGUGGUAUUGGUGCUAUUGGAUUAGUCCCACAUCAUGGAGCUUAAAAUGCCUCUUCACUUCACAAUACGGCGACAUAAGCAAGGAGAUCACAGCAUUCGACGAAAUCAAAGCUGUUGAUUCCUUCUUAGAAAGUUACUUGGGUUUUUACCACGAUAGUUUAGGCAUCAUGGCCAUUGUUCUUGCUGCUUUGCCUGUCGCCUUCGCUUUUCUUUUCGCUCAUCGUAUAGCAAAAUUGAAUUUCCAAAGGAGGUGAGAAUGUUGAAUGAAUGUUCUUCUAGUUUCUAUAUUUUAGGCUGUGUUUGGAUGCAAAAGUGAAUUGAAUUGCGAAAACAUUCAGCUCAAUCAAGAGAAAAUGGCAAAUGUUAGUGUUGUCUGAUAGUA